AGGCGCGAGGCCCUCCUCCCGCCUCUCCGCCUACUCCAGCCUCCGCCGCCUCAGCUACCCGAGCGAGCCCUGCGGCCGCCGGAGCAGCUCCCGCGGCGGAGCAGGAGCCGGAUGGUCAGAGGAGCCCGGCAGCCCCAGCAGCCGCGGAGUCGCCUGGCCCCUAGACUGACUGGCACAGUGGAGAAACCACCUCGAAAACGGAAAAGCAGGACCGAGUUUGCUCUUAAGGAAAUCAUGUCCUCUGGAGGUGCCGAAGAUGACAUCCCACAGGGAGAGAGGAAAACAGUUACAGAUUUUUGUUAUCUUCUGGAUAAGUCUAAGCAACUGUUCAAUGGGUUAAGAGAUUUGCCACAAUAUGGGCAGAAGCAGUGGCAGUCCUAUUUUGGAAGAACUUUUGAUGUUUACACCAAACUCUGGAAGUUCCAGCAGCAGCAUCGACAAGUCUUGGAUAAUCGGUACGGCUUGAAGCGGUGGCAAAUAGGGGAAAUUGCGUCUAAGAUUGGGCAGCUAUACUACCACUAUUACCUACGCACAUCUGAGACCAGCUAUCUGAAUGAGGCUUUCUCCUUCUAUUCUGCAAUCAGACAGAGAUCGUAUUAUUCUCAAGUCAAUAAAGAAGACAGACCUGAAUUGGUAGUUAAGAAGCUAAGAUACUAUGCAAGAUUUAUAGUAGUUUGUCUUCUGCUCAACAAAAUGGAUGUGGUGAAGGAUCUGGUGAAGGAAUUGUCAGAUGAAAUUGAAGAUUAUACUCACCGCUUUAACACCGAAGACCAAGUGGAAUGGAACCUGGUGCUUCAAGAAGUAGCAGCUUUCAUUGAGGCGGACCCUGUUAUGGUAUUAAAUGAUGAUAAUACCAUUGUGAUCACAUCCAAUCGCCUUGCUGAAACGGGAGCUCCACUGCUGGAGCAGGGCAUGAUUGUGGGGCAGUUGUCCCUGGCCGAUGCACUCAUUAUUGGUAAUUGUAAUAACCAGGUCAAGUUCAGUGAACUAACUGUUGAUAUGUUCCGGAUGUUACAAGCCCUGGAAAGGGAGCCAAUGAAUUUAGCUUCCCAGAUGAAUAAACCAGGCAUGCAGGAAUCAGCUGAUAAGCCUACCAGACGAGAAAACCCCCACAAGUAUCUGCUGUACAAACCAACCUUCAGCCAACUGUACACAUUCUUAGCAGCAUCUUUUAAGGAGCUGCCUGCCAAUAGCGUGCUUCUGAUUUACCUGUCAGCCACUGGCGUUUUCCCCACAGGUCGUUCUGAUAGUGAAGGUCCUUAUGAUUUUGGAGGGGUACUUACUAAUAGUAACCGGGAUAUUAUAAAUGGAGAUGCCAUCCUCAAACGAAAUCAGUCCCACAAGGAAAUGCACUGCCUUCAUCCUGGAGAUCUCUACCCCUUCACAAGGAAGCCCCUGUUCAUCAUCGUGGACUCGUCUAAUAGUGUCGCCUAUAAGAAUUUCACAAACUUAUUUGGACAGCCACUAGUCUGCUUGCUUUCUCCUACAGCAUAUCCAAAAGCUUUACAAGAUCAAUCUCAACGAGGUAGCCUCUUCACUCUCUUUUUGAACAACCCUCUAAUGGCCUUCCUAUUUGUCUCUGGAUUGUCAAGCAUGCGUAGAGGCCUCUGGGAAAAGUGUCAAGAAUAUCUUCGAAAAAUCAACCGUGAUAUUGCCCAGCUGCUGACCCAUUCACGUUCAAUAGAUCAGGCAUUUCUCCAGUUUUUUGGAGAUGAAUUUCUUCGCUUGCUUCUCACAAGAUUUAUCUUUUGUUCAGCCACCAUGAGGAUGCACAAGAUUUUUCGGGAAACACGAAAUUACCCAGAGUCAUAUCCACAGCUGCCGAGGGAUGAAACAGUGGAGAACCCUCAUCUCCAGAAGCACAUUUUGGAAUUAGCAUCCAUUCUGGAUGUGCGAAACGUGUUCCUUGAGAAUACCAUCGACGACUAUUAAAACAGAAGUCCUCUCAUGGAAACAAGUUUUCAUUUGCCACAGAUUUUAAAUGGUGCAGUUUUCUAAUGUGAUGACAGACACAUAGUGAUGUUACUUAGUUUUUAUUUUUUCGAUUUAGGACCGCCAUUUUAAAAAGAAACCGGAAAAAAAUUGUUCAAACUUUUAGGGCAACUGUUUUAAAGUUCACUCUUUCAGGUCUUUUAAAAACUCGAUUGAUCUUGGAAUUUUUAUUUUUUGGUUUUGAGGUAUGGAUACUUACCUCUAACAUCUAAUCCGCCACUCAAAUGGUCACUAUUCUCACUCUGAGAAGAGUAAAUCCUUUAUUUUUGUAUAAUGAGGAAAAUCCAACUCUUAUAUGUGGACCUUAAAUGCUUGGAUUUGGAAAAUGUGUAAUUGUUGACAAAGAUGAAACUAGCCAGCAUGGACUACUAAGAAUCAGGAACAGAGCCCUCCCAUAAUAUUUCUUUUCUUUCCAUCUUAGUAAGUAGGAAAAUGUGUGAUUCUUUGAAGCAUAAGCAAGAUAGUUCUUGAAAUCAUUUCAUUCAUUUAAAUGCUGUCAAGAUUUCAGAAACGGUAUAGGAGUGAUUUGGAUCCGAAAAGCUAAAUCUUUAAUGGGGUUCUUGAGGUGAAAAAUGUGUUCGUAUUUCAUUUUAUUUGUAGUCUUUGAAUGCUGGAAAUGAAAGAGAACAGCUUUUAAAGCUUUCAGUCAAAUAAUCAGAUUGUCAGUUUCAUAACACAGUGUUUUAGGUAUUCCAUUUAAACUCAUUAAUUAAUGAGAUCAAGUUUAAAAACUGUCUAGAUUGAAGUCUGUGGCAUAUAAUACAGAGUUUGUAGUCUCUUUGCCUAGUUUAGAUUUAUGAGACUUGAAGGUCAGAGAUGUUAUUAAUUUUAGUUGAGGGUAACUGAAUUGUUAUUUUACCUAAAACGGAAGUUGAUUUUUGCAUCGACAAUUUGGAAGUAGGAUUUUUAAAAACUCCUUAUAUAUACAUAUUUUUUGUCCUUUGAGGGCCGCCCUUGUGGCAUUUGGAAGUUCCUAGGCUAGAGAUUGAAUCGGAGCUUCAGCUGCUGGCCUACAUACACCACAGCCACAGCCACACGAGAUCUGAGCUGCCUCUGUGACCUACACCGUAUCUCAUGCCAACGCCUGAUCCUUAACCCACUAAACAAGGCCAGGGAACGAACCUGAGUCCUCAUGGAUACUAGUCGGGUUCCUUACUGCUGAGCCACAAUGGGAACUCCAAAAACUCUAUAUAUUUAAAUAUUUUAUGUUCAUGCACAAGUUUUUAAUUAUUUUUAUAUAGGACUCAGUGUAUGGUAUAGACGUUUUUGUGAUUUUUUCUUCCCUAUCAUCUCCUUCAUAAUUUCACAAGUACUAGCUGAUUUUUUUCCCCUCUUUUGACUCCACAGCAUUCAAGUUCAGAAAUCUGUGAAUCAGAAGCCCUUCUCCCUAAUUUCUGUACAGGCUCACAUUCUACCUCUGGCAGUCCCAGGGAAAUGAGGUGAUUGCUUUUGGUGCCUCUUUCCUAUGUCCCUAGGGAAAUUUUACCGCAAUAUUUCUAAUGUGGUUUUUAUUUCUGACCUAGAGAAUAAUUUGGAUCUAAGUUAUUCAUAUACCUGUUCCAAUUUUGCAUCUGAAGCCUUGAAGUUAUUGUUCUGGAGUUUGGGGGACUUUGUGGUUUUUUAAAUUAAUGUUGCAAGUUAUUUUUGUUUGUUCUUUUAAAGAUUAUUUCAGAAAGCUUUGGAAAAGUUACUUGGAGAGAGAGUUCCUUUGCUAGUGGAUUUUCAUUAUAAGAUAAAGACUGCUUUCCUUUUUUUUUUUUCCCAGUACCUUAAUAAACUUUAUACCUUUCCUUUCAUAGCAGCGUUCACCUGGACCACAGCAAUAGACUGUCCUCCGUUAUCUGACCUCUUGUUGCAGUUCCCCUGAAGUUCUGUGCCAGUGAUGUUCCUAGCAACACAUAUUCUCCUCUUCUUUGAUAAUUAAAGUAAUUAUCAUCCUGAGCUUUAUCCUCACCUGAUUAGCAUAAAGAACACUGGUCUGAGAACUAGGAGACCUGAGUUCUAAUCCUGGCUUUCCUGGUAAUUAUCUUUACGCCCUUUGACAGGUGUCUUCGUGUCUCUGCUUUUUUAGCCCUCUCAUCUGUAAAAUGAAGCCAUUGGCCUAAGGUUCUAUCCAGUUCUGUGCUUCUGUAAUUUGAACUCUUGGUUCCAAAAGUUAUUGAUUUUUCCACUCUUGCCACCUAGAAAACUAGAUUUAGUGUACACAACAUUUUCUUGCCUCGAUCGUUUUUACCUAGUUUUGUUCAAAAAAAAAAAAAAAAAUCUGACUUCCACUUCGUUGUUGUAGAAACUAGUCAGAGAGAGCAUCUCCUGAAGAUAUGAGAGCUUUUGUUAUUAGAAACAUGUUUGUCUAAGGAGAAGGGGUCUUAGAUAUCACAACCUGGAUUUAGAUGAUGACAUUGCUCCUUAAGCUAAUAGUCGUGUAAUUUCUUCAGUGGUUAAAAAUCUGAGGUGAACUGAAGUGAUCUGAGAGGAAACCUGUGCUAAACAUUUCUGAACUGUUGUUUCAUUCAUGCCUUCAAGAAAGAUGUGUGUUGAACCACAGCUCUGCUCCAGUCUCUGUUCUAGGCAUUGGGGAAGCAGGCAGAGUAGACUUAAAAAAAAAAUCUUCGUCUUCAUGAAGCUUACAUUCUUGUAGGAGGAGUCAGGCAAUAAACACAGUAAAUAAGUAAAUUGAUGUUAGAAAGUUGUAAAUAGUAUGAAAAAAAUUUAGAGGGUGGUAAGGGAACACUUUUGUUUGUUUUGAGGCAGAGAAUGAUGAUUAAAUGAGCGAUCAGUGUGUGGGCCUUAUUGACAAGUUUGCAUUUGUACCAACACUUUAUAUUUCUUUCUCUUUUCUGUGGUUUUUGUUUUUUUACUUUUUAUCAUGAACGUUUUAAACAUACACAGAGUUUAAUGAACCCUGUGAGACCCACUACCCAGCUUCUACAUUUUAAGACCUUACUUUAAUUGAGGAAGAGAAAAUGAAAAGGGACAAUCACCCAGGGAGCUCAAGAUAGCAGUGGCAAAGAAUCUCAUUUUUAAUAUAUGCUGUUCCCCUUUAUGAAUAUAAAACUGUUAAACCCUUUAUUUAUUUUUAGAAUUCAUAGAAAUUUAAAUUUUAGGACUAGGAACAAAGCAACGCAAUGGGAAAGAGGGCUUCUUUGCUUUCAAAUUGCACAGACUCCCCCUGGAGAUUCUGAUACAGCCUCUCACCUCACUUAAGAAUCACUGCAAACAAAUAGUCUCAGAGUGCAAGAAGUCAGUUUUAUACCAACCAAAAUUAAGCACAAUGGAAUUGUUUUCUCUUUCUUUAUGUUAUGUUUCUGAAGUUGGUAAAGCAACUAUCGUCCCUAUUUUACAGAAGAGAAAGCCGAGACCCCUCCCCAGAACUGUCAGUUUAUUCCUAAAGAUGAAGCUAGAACUAAAACUCACUCUCUUAAUCUCAGCCCAGUCUUUCUGGUAGCUCAGAUUGCUUUCUAUAAUGAACAAGAAAGAAAUAAUUAGAUGUUUAUAUUUUGGCACAAAAGUUAUGGUAUUUUUUAAAUAUAUCAAAUAAUGAAACCAGUAAAUCAAUCAGUCCUAGCAAAUUUUUAUUUAUUAAUUAUGAAAAAAUCCACAAGUCAGACAUUUUAUCUUUAAUUUUAGCCAGGAUAUAUUCUUUGUGUGUAUGUGUGUAUGAGUGUGUUCUUCCUAGAAAGUGGUGCUCUUAAAAUCUCUCGAAGCACAUUUAGAAUUUAUUGUACCCUUUAAAUUUUUACCAAGUUGAAAUGUUUUGAGAUUGUAGAAGCAAAGUGCAAUCCAGUCAUGACUUAAAUUUUCCUGGUAAAAGAUCUGGGUUUUAUUUUUUCCUCACUUGUGGCAAUAUUGCUUUGUUUUCUUCUUGCAGUAGAAUUCCCUGAAACAGAGUAGGUGGUUAUUGAACUGAAUUUCUUUGCGGUAAAGGGAAAAGCAGCAUUCUGAUUUAUUUAUCAAUUCUGGAGCUUUCUUUAGCAUUCUUCUCCAAGUUUAAUCUCUGACCUGUGUGAGUUAGCAACCAUCUGUCUCUUAGAAGGGUUUUGGAGUCAGUUGAAAAAUCUUGUAGUUUUCCACAGAGACUUGUAAUCAGCCUGAUGAUACACAGAGAACAUUCUGGACAGGAAAUGUAGUAAGUUACCAAGGCCUGCAAAUGUGGCUACUGCCUGUGAUUCAGAACCACCUCCCCACCCUAAGUGAGUAAAAAGAUUUGACAUGAAUAUGAACGGUAUGAAUCUCCUGGUGAUAUUUUUGGGUGUACAUAUUCCUGUAUGUUUGGAGAGUAAUAAGGAUAUUUACAUCGAGGGCUCUUUUGUUGUCCUUAUUUAUUUGAAAUUCUUAUUUUAUUUGCAAUGGCAUGUAUAUAUUUUAGUGAUGCUAAAUGCAAUCUCUGUAUACUUUUUGUAUAUAUGUACAUAUUUGUAAAUAUAUUGGUAUGCAGUGAUACAGUUUGUGUAUAUUAUAUACCCAUACCCAUUGUGGGCUGAAUUUAUUUAAGUUCUGUGAGGACAUCAGAGUGGCAUUGUUCAUGCUGCUGUAAUUAGGUUGUGGCUGUAUCUCAUUCAUGAGCCUCUGUUUUGAGAGGCUUCUGUGUGGGUAAAAUGGGCUGAGUUGAAAUUAGGAUAUGAAGAUCUUAACAGAAAGCUCGAUAUUCUUAGCUUUAAAAUCCUCUGCCAAUUUCCACCCGAACUGAUAAGAAAUUAGUGAAAUACCUAAGUAUGUGAAACUGAGACACCAGCAGGUUCUUAAGCUAUAUUAGUCUUUUAUUUUCUUGACUGUAGUUAGGUAUUAUUACUGAGUAGUAAAGUAUGCAUUUAUAUUGAGAAUCAGAGGACAGUGGGAAACACAUUACUUUGAUCACAUUUCAAAAUAGAUAGGAAAAUGUUUUUUUCAAUAGGGAAAUAUUCCUAGUUGCCAUUUCAAUGCCUGAUACUAAAUUUUAAUUUUGGAACAAAUUUUUUUUCACCAGUGUGUCUCAUUUUAUAUCUGUCUCUGUGAGGCAGAAAAAAGGGGCAUUAGGUAGGGGAAGGCUCUACCUAGGUGGGGUGGAAUUUAAGGAGGAACAGAAGGUUGAUUAUCUGUAUAUUUGCAGCAGCUGUGAUUAAUUUAGUCUUGUCUUGGCAUUUCUAACUAUAGAUUUUUCUUAUUGGAGUUGCAUAUCAAAGAUGAGUACGCUCAUCUGAGAAAAUGCUUCCAGUGAACAAAAUGCCUCCAGUUGUAUUUCUUUGUCUCUAUGAGACCGCUGUGUUCUGCAAAUUGAUGUAUUCACACAUGAAGUAGGAUUCUUAAUAUUAGGUGCAUGGCGUGCUACAAAAUCGGGGCCUUCAAACUUCUGCCCAGGAUAACAGGUAGAGGAGGAUAAGAGGAGAGUAAGUAUGUGCAGUGCCAAUUUGUGAACCUAUAGAAUGUCCCGGAGGUCAAAGUUCGGUUAGUCCCGUCUUCCCUGGGCGUGGUUAUUUGCAUGGAAGAGCAUAGGAGAGGUUUAAUAUACACCUGAAUACAUUCACUGCAAAAAUUAAGUAGAGGUUAUUUUUGCAUGAUGAAAUAUAACUGCAAAACAACUGUUUACCCUGUUAUUCUUCACAAGAUUAAAUCUGUCUGCUCCAAUAUUAUCUAAAAAAGUCAGUAGUCAAUCUUACCAUCCCCCGAAAUGUUGCAUUUGCCCCUUCAUUGUAUUUUUAAUAUAACAGCCAACAAUUCACAACACUUCUCAAUUACAGUGUUCAAUUUUAAAUAAAGUUACAAUAGCCUUUUUCUUAAAUGAAUAUUGAAAUUUAGCAACGUACAAUUUCGGAAAUAAAAUCUGUGAAACCAUC